AUGCCCGUCCUGUUCUCUUUCCGCCUCACACUCCCCGUUGUAUCCCUAGUAUCUCUCUUCCACUCUUCCGCCCGUUCCGAAGCAAAGAAGAAGAUGCCGCCCAAGAAGAAGGUCGUUGAGGAGAAGAAGGUUAUCCUCGGUCGUCCGGGUAACAACUUGAAGAUCGGUAUCGUCGGUGUCCCCAACGUCGGCAAGUCGUCCUUCUUCAACACCCUCUCCAAGACCGACCUCGGCAAGGCUGCCAACUUCCCCUAUGCCACGAUCGACCCCGAGGAGGCGCGUAUCCCCGUCCCCGACGAGCGCUUCGACUGGCUCGUCGAGGUGUACAAGCCGCAGAACAAGAUCCCUGCCUUCCUGACCUGCAUCGACAUUGCUGGUCUGACGGCCGGCGCGUCGACUGGCGCGGGUCUCGGCAACGCCUUCCUGUCGCACGUGCGCGCGGUCGACGGUAUCUUCCAGAUGGUGCGCGCGUUCGACGACGCAGAGGUCAUCCACGUCGACGGAGACGUCGACCCCGUGCGCGACAUGCAGACCAUCUCGACCGAGCUCCGCCUCAAGGACAUUGAGUGGGUCGAGAAGGCCAUCGAGGUCCUCAAGAAGGCUGUCCGUUCCACCGGCUCGGUCUCGCUCGCCGACAAGGCCAAGCGCGAGGAGCUCGCCACCGUCGAGCGCAUCCACGCACACCUCCUUGCUGACAAGGACGUGCGCAAGGGCCAGUGGACCAACAAGGAGGUCGAGAUCAUCAACGGCCUCACUCUCCUUACCGCCAAGCCCAUCACCUACCUCGUCAACCUCUCGGAGCGCGACUUUGUCAGGAGGAAAAACAAGUACCUCCCCAAGAUCAAGGCUUGGAUUGACGAGAACAACCCGGGAGACCAGCUCAUCCCCUUCUCCGUCUCGCUCGAGGAGCGUCUUGUUGCUCUCUCCGAGGAGGAGGCUGCCGAGGAGGGCGACAAGCUUGGUCUUGGCAAGAAGAACCCCUCGCAGCUCGGCAAGAUCACCACUGCCGGUUACGCCUCGCUCGACCUCAUCCGCUACUUCACCUGCGGCCCUCAGGAGGUGCGCGCCUGGACCGUCAGGAACGGUAUCAAGGCGCCCGCCGCCGCUGGUGUCAUCCACUCGGACUUUGAGAACAAGUUUGUCUGUGGUGAGAUCAUGUCGUACAAGGACUUGAAGGAGCACGGCUCCGAGGCUGCCGUCAAGGCCGACGGCAAGCUGCGCCAGCAGGGCAAGACGUACGAGAUUGUUGACGGUGACAUUUGCUACUGGAAGGCUGGUCACACGCCGGCCUCGUUCGCCGACAUUCCGCCCGUGCUGCGGUGGGAGGACGACGCCGAGGUGGUGGUCGAGAGCGGCAGCUGGACGUGGGGCGGCAGUGAGGGCGCGGGUGCAGGCGCGAACGGCAGUGGCGCGGCUCCGCGCGUCAAGGGGCGGCUGUAUGUCACGGAGGCCGCCGUGUCCUUCCUCCCCGCCAACGGCGGCACAGGCUUCACCCUCCCCUUCCCCGCACUCACGCUGCACGCGCUCACGCCCGCGAGCGAGUCCACCCCGGCACACCUGUACUGCCAGAUCGACGAGGGGCAGGUGGACGAGAGCGAGGAGGAGUAUGCGCCGUUGUCCGAGAUGCGCGUGUUUGUGCCGUCCGAGAAGCUCGAGGGCCUCUUCUCCGCCCUGUCGGCCUGCUCGGCGCUGCACGACUCUGUCCUGCCGAACGGCGAGCCGUCGAGCUUCUUCGGCUUUGGCGACGACGACGACGAUGACGAGGAGGACGACGACGGGGCGUUCGACGACGCGGAGGACGGCGAGGACGGCGCUGGCGGACGGGACGGCGCCGACGCCGACGCCGACGCGCCCGCCUCCCCCGACCCCAUCGAGGCGUUCCUGUCCAAGGUCGACUGGGGCAACGUCGCCCCGCCGGGCGAGUGGGUCGACGUCGGGGUCGUGGAGAGCAGCGGCGGCGGGGCGGGGUGCGCGUCUUGUGACGCCAAGGACGCCGAGAUUGCGCGUCUGCGUGCCGAGCUCACGGCCGAGCGCGCGGCCGUCGCGCGCCUGCAGCGCCGCCUUGUCGGCCUCGGCGGGCUCGAGGACAAGCUCGCUGCCGCGGAGAUAGUCUAAAUGCAAUGCAUAAUUACGUCGUUUGUCUAGUCUGUGCCGCGCGCCGCGCGCCACUACGCCGUCUUGACCUUGUCUGCUGCGGCGCUGUCUGAUGGCGCAGCCUCCUCGGCGGCCUUGGCCUCAGCCUCUGCCUCGGCCUGCGCCUGUGCCGCCGCCCUGCGCUGCGCGUUCCACUUGGUACACCGUGCCUGGGCCCACAAGCUCGCCGCGCGCAACCCGCGCGCGAGCUGGACGGCGACGAUGCCGACGCUCAGCGUAGCGACGCGCAACCCGCGGCCGAGCGUGCGCAACAGCACAGCCGUUACAGGGCGGCAGCGCCAGGAGCGCGGAUGCCAGGUGAUGGGCGGCCCGCCGUCCUCGAGCAGCUGCAUGGGGUUGAGACGUUCCGCCAGCGUUGGGGGCGGCACGACGGGUAGCGGGGGGUCGACGCGCACGAACCGACUGUACUGCUCGCCAAACGGCGUCGUCGCGCCGCGCGUGAGCCGCUCCUCGAGCGCGCGCAGCGGCCGCACGUCGUUCGGCUGCGGCAGGUCGGUCGUCU